AUGGCAGAAAGGCCUCUGUUGACUCUGUAUACAAAUGGGGAAUCCAUUAAUCAAACUACAUAUCGAUUGAUGAUCGGAUUUCUAAUGUAUCUAACUGCCAGCAGACCUGACAUCAUGUUUGCCAUCUGUCAAUGCACCCGCUAUCAGGCUAAUCCUAAGCUUUCCCAUUUAGUUGCUGUUAAAAGGAUUUUUAGCAAUUAUGGAGGGUGUGAUCUUGACAGGAAAUCUACAUCGGGUGGAUGUCUGUUUUUAGGGGACCAACUGGUGUCAUGGCAAUGCAAGAAACAGGAAACGGUGUCGACCUCAACAACUGAGGCUGAAUAUGUUGCUGCUCUCAGGUUAUCUGGAUUCAACAUCAAUUGUUGGAUUACGGUUUGA